AUGAAGAUGAACACCAGCAGCAGCAAACACCAGCCACCACCGCCCCCAUCUGCCACCACCGCCCCCAUGUCUCUACACCACCUCUCAAUCCCGCCACCUGCCAUCACCCACUCCCACCCCCCACAACCACCGUCACCACCACCCACCUGCAACCACCAACACCACCAUCCACUUGCCACCACAACCAUCGUGAAAACCCCUCAAAUCCAAAAACCUACCAUGAAAAACCCUCAAAUCCACCACGGUAACCACCCAAAAUCCCCAAAUAUUCACUAG